AUGGCUUGCCCUAUUACCAUCACUAAAUUCGUAGGGACCAUAUCCCUUGGUCUACUCACGGGUACUUCGUACACACUGACAAACAUCCUUCCAUCUCUCGCACUCUUGCCCUCGGCUUCCCUCGCCGCCCGAACACUCACCACCAUCCAAACACAAUCCACUCGCCAGAUCCUGACCUUGGCUUCCAUCUCCUCACUAUCGUUACUCACCGCGUACACCCUUGCUCCCGCCCGCGGUAAGCACCCAUAUCUCCUGUGGACUGCCCUGGUCAGCUUUCUAGGUGGUCAAGGUGUCGAGUACUGGUACAACGGCCUCUCGAGGUUCCCAAGCGUGAACUCAAGUCGAUCAGGCCGCCGAUCUGGUGGGGCCACGAGCGCGAGGAGAGGAGAUAGUCCCGCCACAGGGUCGGAUAGUGGCUACAUCGAGGUUGAUCCACUGGGACAGAGUGAAGAGCAAGUCAAUGGCGAAAAGGUCGAGCUGGAAAUGUCAAGAGAGCGUAAGGUUCAAAAGGUCAGAAGCUGGGUUGCUGGUCUAGGUUUUGCCAUGGGAGUCGUAGGAAUAUGGGGUGACGGCGCUUGA